GUAUAAAAUCUGAGCCGGACCGAGAGGAGGGGACAGACACACGGACGAACCGGGCAGGAUGGAGAGAUCCCAGGUGCUGGUUCUGGUCGUCAUGUUCCUGAGCUGCACUCAGGCUCAGGUCUCCAUCUCCUCCACCGUUGUCCUGGCGACCACCCUGACCUCUGACACCACAGGGACUGAUACGACCCUCCAGGCUGCACCUGCCACGCUGCAGCUCAGCAGCGGCACCCCCUCCAACACCGCCACCCCCAAGACGGACGUCCAGCCUUCAGCUACAACCCAAACCCCAGUGGCUCCCACCCAGAGCUCCUCCCCCACCAGCACCUCACCCACCUCCUCCACCCGGCCCUCUAACACCACCACCCCCCAGACGGACGUCCAGCCAUCUGCAACUUCCCAGACCCCAGCGGCUCCCAGCCAGAGCCCCCCUGGUGCCGGUGGCCCCACCAACUCCUCCACCCAGCCCGCCAACACCGCCACCCCCCAGGCAGACGUCCAGCCUUCAGCGAUGACCCAAACCCCAGCGGCUCCCAGCCAGAGCGCCCCUGGCGGCGGUGCGACGCCCCUGACCUCUGCCCCCCCCACAGCGGGGUCGGGCUGCGUGUCUGCAGGCCGCAGGCUGCAGCUGCUGCUGUUGUCUGCGGCCUGCAUGCUGCUGCAGCGCGCCGCUCACACCUGAACCUCUGGGCUCAGCGGUGAGGUGCUGCAGGCGCUGAGCUCUCCUCCUCUAUCCAAUAUAAACAAUCAGAAAUGAUCUGAACUUCUGUUUUUAUGAGCAAUAAAACAUUAACGGGUUCUGCUCGUGUUUUUCCUGAACUGAAAGUCCAACCGGCCGCUGCGCUCCGCUCCGCUGCAGCUGAUGGAAACUAAACCCUGAUACUGAUUUACAUCCUGAUUUUAAAAGGAAAACAGCUUUUAUUUAAAGAACAACACAUGCAAAUCCAGCUGUGUGCAGAGGACAGGCAGGAUUAAACCACCUGGAAAAACAUGAGCAAUAUCCACAACCCAACAGCCGUUCAUACGAAGGAAACCCAGAUUAUUAAAGGUUCACUCAUAAAAUCUGUCUAAUCCAGAAACAUCAAACCUGGUCCACAUUAACCAGACAGGACUUAUUUUCUGGGUAUAAAAUAUUUACAGUCUCACAUCAUUCAGCUGCUCGGCUAAAUGAUCAAACUUUAAAAUCAGAUCUUUCCAGAUUCAGAUUUCCUGAUUAAAUCGGUUUGAUCAGCAGUUCCUCCGUUCAGCCUGAACUCAGAGCUGCAGAACCUGAGGAAACAUUAAAAACCAUAAAACUGUUUAUUCAUCUAAUGUUGAAUUUAAAAUCUUUUGGAGAUAAAUUAUUUCUGAUUGAUUGAUUUAUAAUAAACCCUGAAAGUAGCAGAGAGACAGAAGAUGAAACAUUUCCUUGUUUUUUAUAUUUUCCUUACAUGUAAAAUAAAUGUUACUGUAAAUAUUUCUUUCACUGUUUGCACUUUCUUGCAGAUGGAAUUUCCUGAUUUGUAAAACUGAUACCAAACUAUGCUCAGCUUUUCUCUUUUUAAUUCUUAAGUUUUUGAAUAAAAGUUCUCAUAAAUAAUUAAUUUCUGUGAUAUUCUGACUUUAUAAUUGCAUUUCAAACUAAACCCAUGUCUUCAGCCAGGAGUAAAACUGCCCGCUGGUUUCUGGGUCUGUCGUUGUGCUGCACAUCUUUAUUUUCCAAUAAAAUGUUUCCCUAAGAGGAGGCGGCGGCUCCCGCUAUUCUGGAUUUCAUCCGGCCCUGCGGGACGUUUUGCAUUCGGCGGGAGGAGACUGAGACCUCCCUGAAUGGAAACAGGCAUCAGGUGAACGUCGCGCCAUAAAAGACUCCCGUCUGGAAAAUUUGCCCCAUUUGUUGCGCGUUGGGCAGGAAGACAGAGCGUUAGCAUCGACGGUCAGCAUGAAGAUGUGGGAGCUGCUGCCUCUGGCCCUGCUGGGGGCCAGCAUCUGCUGGACGAGCUCAGUGCAGGGAACAAGUCCUUCAGCUGCAGCGGUGACAGGAAACACCACCUCAGCCUGGACCACCACCAACCCCGCUGUCACUGGCCAAGAUAACAGCACCAGCAGCAACAACGGCAAAGGCAAGCCCACCGUCAGCACCAACUCCACCGGCCCCAACAGCACCAGCAGUGGGAGCAGUGGGAGCAGUGGGAACAGUGGGAGCAGCAGCACCACAACCCAACCACAGAAGGGAAACUCAGCAGGUGGAAUCAGCAGCUUCUCCUCCUUUGGGCUGCUGCUCUGCUCCAUCAUGGUCCAGCUCAGCUGGAGCUGCUAGGCUGAUUGUUUAGGCAGGGCUGGACGAUAAGCUGAAAAAUGUAUCACGAUAGAAGCAUUUCACAGUAUCAACAAUUAUGGAUUUUUAAAGACAUAUCUAAAAUAUUGCCAUUUAUCCGGUUUUCACUUGACGCCAUUGGUUUUUACCUUUUCAGCAGUUAUGAGGAACGGUAACAAAACCUGAAACUGCUGCUGCGCAAGUUACUCAACAGGUUGUUGCUGGGCAACCAAAGAGCGAGUGAAUCAGUUGAUCCCACCAGCCUAGCUGAGCUAGCUGUGAAAGGCUAAGCGCUAUCCUCUGCCUACAUCUCCCAGAAUGCCAUGCAGAUUUCUGUGAAAUUAUUGAAUGAUGUUACAUAUAUUGAUAUUGAUGACGUGUGUAUCGCGGUAUAUGAGGUUAUUGAUUUAUUGCCCAGCCCUGGGUUUAGGACAGAUUCAGGUUAAUCAGCAGUAGGUCAGAGCUUCUGUCCACCUGAGGUCUCAGGUAUGCAGCAGCGGCAGCAGCAGGUGGAGCUCCUCCAGUCGUCUCCAUCACCUACUGUUGUUUUAUUCUGCAGUUUCCUUUGACUAAAACCACAUGAAGCUUCGACUCGUUAAACGAGUCACAUGGUGGCGGUUAGUGUUGAGUUUUAAGUCUGUUAUCUAUAAAUUCUCAGUAAAUUUGUGAAUUUAAGCUGAUCACUCAUAGAAAAUGUUUUCUGUAAUGUGUGAAAUCUAUAUUUAUGACAUGGAUACAAUGUUUUAAGGUAAAAGUAGAAUAAAUAAAAUUUUAAAA